AUGGCGGCGAAUGAUUUUCUACAUUAACUUUGUCGUGAAUUUACACAGUGGAGCUGUCUAAAUAAUGCUUACUUUCACUUAGAACAGAAAAGUCACUAGGGAAGCCUGGGCGGAAUGUACAUUUUAAUUGUACAUAGUACAGGAAGACUGUUUUAACGGCUGGAUUUCCCCCACUCUGAGCCCGAGUUUAAGUCUUGUGGAAAUAUGGUUUUAUUUGAAACUUAAACGGGGUUAGCUUACGUUACUCGAUAAAUAUACGCGCCUCACUCCUCGCACUUCAUAAUGUUUUACUGCAAUAUCAGACAGUUGUACAUAUAAGCAAGCCCUCAUAGCACUUUGUAAUUUUAUAUCUUUUUGAAGGGUUAGUGGGCUAGUUAGCGGUUGGUUAGCUGGUGCUGAUGCUCGUUUAUUCUCCCCUCAGCUUGACAUCCUAGGAUUAUAUCCUGCCGUUUUUAUCCUCUUAUUUUUAUUUUUUUUUAGUGUAAACAUUUGAUUUAGUACAACGAUUUGAAAGUAUUAAAGAACAUGCACAUAUUUUAAAGCGGUUAUAUGAACGAUUUUUAGAUUAUUAUUUUUUUACGAUUUAAAAACUUCUAUCGCAUUGUACUGUCCUGACAGAGUAUUCGAUACCGUUUUCAUGUAGCGUAUCGUAUUUUGAUGUAAAAGAGCAGCGAGUACAGUGACCCGCACAGCAGUGGCUGUUAUUUUUGACGCGAUUAACUGAGAAUCGCUUGCUCGCGACUCGCCCUUGCUGCGGCGGGCGGCGCGUGAGGCUUCAUUCUGACAAUGGACGACUCCAAACCGCGUUACAGCAAGCGACUGCGGUCUGGGACACGGCGACGGUACCAAGACGAUGGCAUUUCCGACGACGAGAUCGAGGGAAAGAGGACAUUCAAUCUGGAGGAGAAGCUGCAUAGCAGCCGCUUCAGCUCAGACAGAGUCAAAUGCAUGGAGGGCAAAGACUUUACAUUUGAGUAUAUCCAGAGAGGAGGGCUCAGGGAUCCCAUCAUCUUUGAGAGACCGGAUGGACUUGGGAUGAAAAUGCCGGAUCAAGACUUCAGUGUGAAUGAUGUAAAAACGUUAGUUGGAAGUCGGCGGAUGAUUGAUGUGAUGGAUGUGGCUACUCAGAAGGGGACGGAGAUGUCAAUGACCCAGUGGAGGCGGUACUAUGAGACUCCUCCCUCUCAGCGAGAGAAGCUUUACAAUGUUAUCAGCCUUGAAUUUAGCCACACUAAACUAGAGAGCCUGGUGAAAAGACCUACCACGGUGGAUAUGAUUGACUGGGUGGACAACAUGUGGCCACGACACUUAAAGGAAAGACAAAGAGAUUCCACAAACUCGAUCAUGGAGAUGCAAUACCCCAAAGUGCAGAAACACCUCUUUGUUUGUCAUUUGUUGUUCCUCUUUUACCAUGCAGUCUUUCUCUCCCUAUUUCAACUUUGCCUGUGUUCUGCGUGCAGGUACUGCCUAAUGAGUGUGCAGGGCUGUUACACAGAUUUCCACAUAGACUUUGGAGGUACAUCUGUGUGGUACCACAUACUGCAGGGAUGCAAGGUGUUUUGGUUAAUCCCACCCACGCCGCAAAACCUGGAGCUUUAUGAGAACUGGGUGUUGUCAGGGAAACAAGGAGACAUCUUCCUUGGUGACAAGGCCACUGACUGCCAGAGGAUUGAGCUCAAGCAGGGCUACACAUUCAUUAUACCAUCAGGUUGGAUCCAUGCAGUUUACACACCUGUGGACACUCUUGUGUUUGGUGGGAAUUUCCUGCAUAGUUUUAACAUCCCCACACAGCUACAAAUCUCCAGCAUUGAGGACAGGACACGAGUGCCAGCUAAGUUCCGUUAUCCAUUCUAUUAUGAGAUGGGCUGGUACGUGUUGGAGCGUUAUCUGUUCAGCCUGACCAACACCUCCUACCUUAUCCCUGAGUUCCAGAAAUACUCUCUGGGCAUCGGCUUGAAAUGGGAAAGCUCAGGUGGUGAGGUACUAAAUGGCCAUGUUAAAGAGGAGAGAGAUGAUGAUGUUCCCUCUUCUACCAGUGGGCCUGGAGUGAAAGUUCACUUGACUCCUUUUGAGCUGGAGGGGCUGUGGAAUCUGGUGGGAAAGCUGGAGUCUCUGCCUGCUCAUAAGAAAUGUGUGCCUUCAGGAAUACACAACGCUGCUGCCCUGCUGCACGAUAUACGGGCAUUAUUGAAAGAACAUGCCAAUGACAUCCCCAAACUCUCCUAUACUGGAAAACCUAUUGUCAGAUGGCCGAAGAGGCCCUCCUGGUACCAGCCCCCUCCUCUCCCUCCACCCGUUAUUCGUCCCAAACUGGCAGCCACACCCAUCAUUCCACGUCCAGUGAAACCAGCCUCCAAUAUGUCGGUCUUGCGGCGGCGGCGUGUACGCUGUAAACGCUGUGAGGCCUGUCUGCGUACUGAGUGUGGUGACUGCAACUUCUGCAGAGACAUGAAGAAGUUUGGUGGUCCUGGCAAACUCAAACAGACCUGUGUUCUCCGGCAGUGUCUCGCUCCUGGUUUGCCGCUGUCUGCUGUAUGUGAGCUCUGUGGGGAGGGUAACCAGGAGACUAGUGAAGAGCUCAUGGAGUGCUCCAACUGUGCUCAGAUAGCACAUCCGAGCUGUUUGAAGGUGUCAGGUGAUGGAGUGGUGAACAAAGACCUGCCUAGCUGCUGGGAGUGUCCCAAAUGUGUUUUUGGCAAAGACACAGAAUCUGAGUCGUCAGACAGCGGUGAUGACAUCAUGGCACAGGAUGGGUCAGGGGGGCGAGGGGGCGAGGGCGGGGAAUGGCAUGGGGUCGGGCGGCCCCCCUCUUCUCUCUCCCAUGGGUCGCUCCCAAAACGGGCAGCAGCCCCUGAGCAGCGGCUACGGAAGAGGAUAAAAUUGGAAGGAGUGAAAACACAUAAACGUAAGUCCUCAUCUCUUGAUCCUCGAGUGGCUAAGAUCUACCGGCGGCAUGGAAUGGACCAUGAUGAUGAUUCCGGCAGUGAUGAUGAGGAUGGAGAUAAUGGGAAGAAGGCAAUCCACUCAAGGGGUGGGGUCUCUUCAUCCCGCCGAGGCUAUGGAGCUGGUAGGCGAGGUGUUUGGAGAAGCUCCAGACAAAGAGGGGGAGGCAGCUUGGCAACAAGUACACUGAAAAUGAGACGGGGACUUGGGGCAAGGGCCGAGAGAGGGGGUCGGGUUAGGUUAAGAGGAGGAACUCAAAUGAAACGACGACGCUAUGAAACAGAGGACGAUGAUGACGAAGAUGAGGACGAUGAUGAUGAUGAGGAUGAAGAACAUGAUGAGGAGGAUGAGGAUGACAGUGAUGAGGAGAGGCAUCUGGGCAGGUUAGAUAAGGAGCAUCGUUCUCGAAGACGGAGACGUAGAGGCGAAGACUACUAUGAUGACGAUGAGGAUGAAGAUGAUGAUGAAGACAGCGAGGAACAGGACUUUGAUGGGGAGGACGAGGAGAUGGAAGACUUAGAUGAUGGAGAGGAAGAAGAUGAUGGGGAGAACCAGUCAAACUCGGAUACCGACCCACCUGUCUUACUUGUCUCAGACUUGAAUGAUGACCUGCUCAAUGACUCCUACCUGACUGUGACUCUCCAGCGCCCCCCAAAAGCCAAACGUGACCCUGGCUCCAUUGUACCCAAACUGGAGGCUGCUGUGUCUACACGCACACCCAGCACUCCUGGCUUCAUUCAGCGCAAGUCACUGCCCAGGACUCGACUCAAAAACAGCAGCAUCUCGACACCUGCUGGUAAUGGCCUUUCUCAGUCCAAAGGUCGCCCCUCGAGGCGAAACCCCAGCCAUGACGGUCGAGAGAGAGACACGGCAUCACCUUCCUCAAUAUCUUCUCGUUCAUCUGUUUCUCCACCACCACCUCCUCCUGCCAUCACCACUUGCUCUCCUCCCUCCCUCCUCUCUCAUCCCUCAUUCCGUGACGUAGGAAAUGAGCGAGGCUGUGAAAAGGAUAUUUGGGUGUCGGUGUUCCGGUACUUGAGUCGGACAGACUUGGCUGUGUGUAUGAGAGUCUGCAAAGCUUGGUAUAAGUGGUGUUGUGAUAAGCGCUUGUGGACACGGAUAGAUCUGAGUCGUUGUCGGUCACUAAGUGCUCAGGCUGUAUCAGCCAUCAUUAAACGACAACCAGUGAUACUCGACCUCUCCUGGACACCUGUAUCAAAGAAACAGAUUGCCUGGCUCAUCCAUCACCUCCCAAGUCUGAAAGAUCUUUUAAUGUCAGGUUGCUCUUCAUUAUGCGUGUCCGCGCUAAGUUCGCAGAGUUGUCCGGGUUUGCGAACACUUGACCUUUGUUGGGCUGUGGGCGUCAAAGAUUCACAAAUAAAAGACCUCAUUAUGCUGCCAGGCAGUGAAAGUCGCAGUCGGCUGAGAGGUUUGCUCACCUUGCGCUUGUCUGGUUUGGAUCUAAGUGACUCCACACUGAAGUUGAUCGUCAGACAUAUGCCUUCACUGCGGAGCUUAGAUUUGUCACACUGCCAGGGGAUCACAGACCAGUCCAUUAACCUGCUCACGGCCUCUGGCUGCAACACUCGCAACACACUUAGACAGCUCAAUCUUGCAGGUUGUAAUAAGUUGACUGAUGCUUGUCUAUCCUAUAUGAAGCGAUUAUCAGCCCUCACUAUGUUGGAUCUGCGAGGCUGUAAGAAUGUGACUCGACAUGGCUGUGAAAACUUUAUUUCUGACCUGUCGUAUUGCACCGUCUUUUGUCUGACUGAGGACAGACUCAUUCAGAGAAUAUCGUAAUGUGCACACAUACAGUCUCCGCACAGCUCUGCUUAGUGAGCUCACAAGUGCACAAAUGGGAGGAUGAGGCUGAAGAAAAGAGCAAGUCGGAAGGAUUUGUGUGUUGUUCUAAAAGGGUAAAAACAGUCUGAAAUGUGAGAGUCAUGUUCUUUUCUGCGGUGUCUUUAUCAUGAGAUACAAGUGGAGGAUUUUACUUCCUCAUCCUAUGAGACAGAUCCAGACACAUCCAGUGUGUGGCUCUGGGCAUUUGGUCUCAUCCAAAGUGAUGUCUUCAGAAGACUCUAAGGCUUAUGUGAGUGAGUUUGAAAUGUAAUUUUAAAAUUCAGACCAAGUUGGAUUUGGUAAAUGAGGACUGGAAGUUUCGUUCAGAGAUUGUGGCCACUGACAUUUUACCAUGGGCCUAAUGCCGCAGAGGAGUCUGUGUCAAUGAUAAGCUGUAAAGCAGGAUUAUGAUUGACAAAGAAAAUGAUGCACGUCCUUCUAGUUCUCAUCUGCCAACAAAGAAUGUAGUGGCAAGCACAUUUUAUGUGCCAUUAGAGAAGAAAUUUUAAUCAUUCAGCCUACUGAUCCAGAUGCUCUCAUUCACUCACACUUUCUUAGUGUCUGAACACAAAUCUUGGUACUUCAACCUUUUUGAAGGUCUUGCUGCCUGUAUUUUUGUGGACACUACAUAUUACACCACAAUAACAGAUUUUACUCAGUCUUUCUGAAUUUAAAUCACUUUUUCUUUGUAAUUUUGCUUGUCAUCCCAUAUUCCUGAUUUACCUUCAUUCUCCUGUCCUGUUUAAACUUGGAAAGGGUUGUUCACAGUUAGGCUAAGUUGUUUAUUUACAAUUUGAAAACUGUAACUUAAAUGCAACUUGUAGCAACACAAUAGCAAUUAUUUUCUGAAGACUUUUAGAAAACAUUGUUCAUUUUGUUUUGUUUUUCAUAAAAAAAAAAAAUCAGAAAAUAAAAAACAAAUUUUUUUGAAAGUAAAUAUCCAAAACGUUGGAUAUGACUUUGCUUGUGUCUGUGUUGUUGUUAUUACUAA